CCUCUAAAUAGUUCUUUCCCUGUCUCAAGCUCUGCGACACAAGGAGAGAAAGAAAGAGAGAGACAAAGAACUGGUUUUUGUCGUGAUCGUCGUCUGUACGAGGAUUCAACAUAGUUUUCUCGUCUUUUAGGUUUUCAUUUUCCGGGUUAUUCUCGACUUCUGCAUUUUCCCGGAAAGAAAACAGAGUGGGAAGACUUUACUUGUGGCGCAAGAAACAGGAAGAACAACGUCGGACCAUGGUUCCUGCAUUGGAACGAGGAUUGAGCGUUUCGAGAUCUUUCAAUUUCAGAAGAAUCUUCGACUCACCACCAAGCCAACACCAAUCUAAUCACGGCCUCGCAAUGGAGAACGGAGACGCUGAUCUCGGCGAUUCAAUCACGCCGGAAAGUCAAAGUCAAACGCCGGAGGCUGCCGGAGUGAGUCCUGCCGUGGAUAACAGCCGUCCGAUCCCAUCCGCUCUCACCCGUGAAAGGGUUUCCGGAGGAGGAGCUAGGACCGGAAGCCGACCGGAGAGACAACAAUCCGAUAUGGAGAUGAUGAAGGAGAGAUUCGCAAAAUUGCUCCUCGGAGAAGAUAUGUCCGGCGGCGGGAAAGGCGUGUCUUCAGCUCUGGCUCUGUCCAACGCAAUCACCAAUCUCGCCGCGGCUGUAUUCGGGGAACAGACGAAGCUACAGCCGAUGUCGCCAGAUCGACGGGCGAGGUGGAAGAAAGAGAUCGACUGGUUAUUAUCUGUGACCGAUCAUAUCGUUGAGUUUGUUCCUUCUCAGCAGAUGACCAAAGACGGUGUCCUCACCGAGAUCAUGGUGACAAGACAGAGAGGCGAUCUUCUCAUGAACAUCCCCGCACUCCGCAAGCUCGACGCCAUGCUCAUCGACACGUUGGAGAAUUUCAGAGGUGACAACGAGUUCUAUUAUGUUUCGAGAGAUUCAGAAGAAGGGAAAAACGCUCGGAACGCGAGGACGAACGAUAAAUGGUGGCUGCCUCCGGUGAAGGUACCGCCGAACGGUUUAUCAGAACCUGCAAGAAGAAUGCUUCAUUUCCAGAAAGAUUCGGUCACGCAGGUCCAGAAAGCCGCCAUGGCCAUUAACGCUCAAGUUCUGUCCGAGAUGGCCAUUCCCGAGAGCUACAUCGAAUCCCUCCCGAAGGUAGCCAGCGCGAGUCUCGGGGACACGAUCUACAAGAGCAUAACAGAGGAGUGGUUCGAUCCGGAACAGUUCUUGUCGGCGAUAGACUUGUCGACAGAACACAAAGUGUUGGAUCUGAAGAACAAGAUCGAGGCGUCGGUAGUGAUCUGGAAGAGGAAACUUCACCUAAAGGACAGCAAAUCUCCGUGGGGAUCGGCCGUAAGUUUGGAGAAACGAGAGUUGUUCGAAGAGAGGGCCGAAACGAUCUUAGUCUUGCUCAAACAGCAGUUCCCUGGUCUGCCUCAAUCCGCACUCGACAUUUCCAAGAUUCAGUUCAACAAGGAUAUCGGGCAAGCAGUUCUUGAGAGUUACUCGAGGAUACUGGAAAGCCUGGCCUACACGGUAAUGUCGAGAAUCGAGGACGUGAUUUACGCGGAUUCCUUGGCUCAGAAGCAGUCCUCGGCCGAGGAAACGUCAGAAGCUGGAAGAACAGAAACGGAUUCGGAAUCCGCGAGAUCCUCAAACUCGGGGGAAGAAUCCGAAAAGCUCGAGACCCAGUACUCGAAAACGUUGCUGGAUUUCAUGGGCUGGAACAUCGACAAUCCGAAAGCCGCGACAGCCGAUUCCGAGUGCCAGAAAUCCGAGAAGCCCCCGAAAUCGCCGAACCUGACGCCUAAGAAAUUCUCGUACCUGGAAAAGCUCGAGAAUUUGAACGGCUUUAGGAGCCCUAAAGAGAGGCAUUGAUCACUGGAGAAAGAAGAAGAAGAUAGGAGAAAGGGUCAAAGAGAGUAUAGUAACUGAUUCCAUUCGUCUUCCUUCCAAGGGAUUUGAUUCUUUGGACAGAGAAGUCUUUAGCAAAAAAGGGUUUUCUUCUUCAAUGGAAAAGAGGAGAAGAAGAAAAACCAUUACAGUUCUUAGCUCCAGAGCUAUACAUACACUACACAGGACGAAAUUACACGUGGGUUUAAGAUUGUAAAUCUCGGGUUCGAUAUAGUUUUUGAAUAUC